AUGGCGCCCUCACAACUCUCGAUAGAUUCGCUCCCGAACGAGAUCAUCAUCAAUGUCCUGAGUUCUUUCCCGACUCGCGACCUGUUGCCCCUUGCUGCUGUCUGCCGCCGCUUCCAUGGACUUGUUGGCCGUGUACAUUAUUCCCGUCUCAUAGAGGCUUCGAGGUUACAGGAUCAUGAGAUGAUCCUUGAGUGCUACCACCCAAGCGAAAAGCUCUCUACGCCUGAGCUGUUCUGCGAAUACCUCGGAACGAACGGGCUUACGGAAGCUGGGGACGAGGCUAACCUCGGAGAGCUCAACAAGCUCUACACACGAUUCCGGCCAUUCCUUGGGGAUGAGAAGCCCCAACCUCGAAGCCCUUGGCAAACGAAAGCCAUCGAAGAAAUAUCUACACCUCGGUUGCCCACACACCAAAUUUUCCUCGACUCCAGCGAACUAUUCUCUCAGAUGUGCACCGUAACCAACCUGGUUAAGGUCGGACCAAGGAACGGCCUCUUUACUAGCCUUGCCAAUGUCACAGACAGCGUGGUCCGUGUAUGGCGCGACUGGCUUAAGCGUGCAGCGGAAAACACAGCAGCAGGGACGCAACAGCAAGCGAACUCGGACAUCGAUGACCCAUCCAUUUUAUGGACUGACUCGUCAAAGACCGUUGGGUUGAGAUUCAAAGUCGUUGAGGAUGAAAGCGUUCCUGCGCCCGUCCUCUUCGGCCGAGAUGAAGAUCCAUCGGUCUCGUACACAUUGGAGUAUCAAGAAUUGCUUAUAAAAGCAAACUGGCUGCUGCUCAGUUACGAGACAUCUGAAGCUCAGCAAGUCACCCAUGCAGGUAAAGCAGUCGUAAUUGCAUCCUUGUGA